AUGACAGAACCGGGUCAAGAAAACCAGCCUUUCACAAAGGUAGCUUAGAGCAUUAAUAUUCCUGAUAGUUUGGAAACACAAAUCUCAAAGAAUGUCUCAAAAAUGGAGCUUCCUGAGUUACAAAAUUUGAAAAUUGAGUUUAUUAUGGCAAUCAAUAACUUGUACAAGAAACACCAAUUGAAUUUCUAAUUUUAAAAUUUUUAGAGUAUGAAAAUAGAAUAACUCUCUACUAUUAUCAAUCGCAUUAUGAUAUUGCUUAUUACUUUAGUAGCAGCUUUUGAAGUCAUUUAAUAACUAUCAUUUUUCUUGACUAGUCUUCCCCUUUAUGACUCUUAAAAUGUCCAUAUGGCCAGGUUGAUAGCUACUUGCGUAUAAAGUUUAUUUUGUAUUUACUUAUUGCUAAGAUUGGGUUUUAUGAAUGAUUCUAAUCAUAUUAUUGUUAAGACAUUCUUGUGUUUGCUUGUCGUUGCUAUGUUAACAGGUGUAUCUGUAUUUAAUAAUUUGAAUUAUAUUUAUACUAUCAUAGAUAGCACAUAUGAUGUAAUUACUUACUACACAAUUGGAGGCUAAGGAUUGCUUUUCUUAAUUUCUCUCUACUUUUUCUUGAGAUUAUUUGUUACGAAAGCAAUAAAAAUAACAAAUGUUGAUGGUGAGAAUGUAUGCUAUGAUUUUUUUACAAAAUCAAAAAUAAUCACAACUUAUCAUAAAAUAUAAAAAGCUAAUAUUUGA